AUGGGCGUCGGACUGCUCGUCAGCGUCGAGCCAGACACCAUAACUGGCAAGGAUAUCAAAGGACUGACACUUGAAGAGGUCGCUCUGUUCGAAAACUGUCUUGUGCAAGCCACUCCGGAAAACCUCCAGUCCCGUCUCGCCUUCCUUCGAACUCACUUCACUACACUGUCAAUAUACAUUGACGUCCGGCAGCUCAAAGCAUAUGGCGACGUCAUCGAGGUACUGAAUGCCGGCGCAAGUAAGAUCUUUGUCACAUCCGAGCAACUCAAAGCUCUGGCGCAAGAGGACACAAUAGCGCCCUCGCGGCUAGUGCUCACUAUAUCGCCGCUCAACCCCAGUACCGAUAUUGCAAAGCUGAAGUCAUUUCUUGAGGAGAACCCGAAGUGGAAGACCGCGGAAUGGGCAUUCGACGGAGACAAGGGCAAUGCGUACGUGGACAGAGUUCUACAAGAGCUAGACAACUACCCGCCUCACGCCGACCAGACGCUAUAUGUAUCGACGACAAGCGAGUCGGCCGGUCAAGAUUUGCUUGCACAAUAUCCUGGCAAUGCACUGAUUGUGUCGUCUGAACGGCUCACUUUGGACACAACCAAGAAAGGGCACGAAGAUCUGAUACAAGUCACAGACCUGUUCCUCGCGGGCAGCACUUCCGACAGGAAGACGGGCCUGUAUACUACAAGUGUUGUCGACGAGAGAGGUGUAGCCCUUGGGUUGGUCUACAGCAGCAAAGAGAGCAUCCUCGAGGCUCUGAAGACGAAGACUGGUGUGUACCAGAGCCGAAAGCGAGGGCUGUGGCAUAAGGGUGCUUCAAGUGGUGAUACACAAGAAUUGAUCAGCAUGUCUUUCGACUGUGACAAAGACUGCCUGCUGUUCCGGGUCAGGCAAAAAGGCCGGGGUUUCUGCCAUCUAGCCACAAUGUCUUGCUGGGGACCUACGUCGGGUCUCUCGCGCCUGCAACAGACUCUGAGGUCACGGAAGCAGGACGCACCACCCGGAUCGUAUACUGCCCGGCUGUUCAACGAUCCAAAGUUGCUAGGCGCGAAGAUCAAAGAAGAGGCGGACGAGCUAUGUGAGGCGACGACGAAGGAAGACAUUGCCUCGGAGGCUGCCGAUCUGCUGUAUUUUGCACUGGCUCGCUGCAUCGCGGCGGAUGUCACGCUGGAGGACAUCGAGAAGAACCUCGACCUGAAGAGCCUGAAGGUCAAGCGACGGAAGGGUGAUGCGAAACCACAAUAUGUGAAUGGAGACCAGAAAACGCCACAAACCAAUGGCAUCAACGGCACAGCAGCGUCAUCGAAGCCGACGGAGGAAGAAGUCAAGGAGGCUGCCUCGAUACCCAAAGACUCAACAGACCCGGCGGGCACAGACGACAACGGUCGGAUACAGCUGAAACGCUAUUCAACAUCACAGGCCUUCUCUGACGAUAUACUCAAAUCGGCCCUUCAGCGACCGUCGCAGAGAUCAACAGAGAAGAUCAUGAACCUGGUCAACCCCAUCAUCGAAGACGUGCGCACCAAGGGCGAUUCAGCCGUGCUCAAGUACACCCACAAGUUCGAAAAAGCCACAUCCCUCAAAUCGCCCGUCCUCAAAGCACCAUUCCCGAAAUCCCUCAUGCAGCUCCCGCCCGAAACCAUCGAAGCAAUCAACAUCUCCUACGACAAUAUUCUCAAAUUCCACUCCGCUCAAAAGGAAACCGCGCCACUAGUCGUCCAAACAAUGCCCGGCGUAACCUGCUCACGCUUCUCCCGCCCCAUCGAAAAGGUCGGCCUCUACAUCCCCGGCGGCACCGCCGUCCUCCCCUCCACAGCCCUCAUGCUCGGCGUCCCCGCCAUGGCCGCCGGCUGCAAGAACAUCGUCCUCGCCUCCCCACCUCGCUCGGACGGCACUAUCACCCCCGAAAUAGUCUACAUCGCCGACAAGAUCGGCGCCGAAGCAAUCGUCCUCGCCGGUGGCGCACAAGCCGUCGCCGCUAUGGCCUACGGCACCGAAUCCAUCACCAAAGUCGACAAGAUCCUCGGCCCAGGCAACCAAUUUGUUACAGCCGCGAAAAUGCUCGUGUCCAACGACACCACCGCCUCCGUCUCGAUCGACAUGCCCGCCGGGCCCUCCGAAGUCCUCGUCAUCGCGGACGAAACCUCCCAGCCAGCCUUCGUCGCAUCCGACCUCCUCUCCCAAGCCGAGCACGGCACCGACAGCCAAGUCGUCCUGAUCGCCAUCGCCCUUUCAGAAGCCCAACUCCAAGCCAUCGAAGACGAAGUCCACCGCCAAGCCCACGCCUUGCCCCGCGUGGACAUUGUUCGGGGAGCGAUCGAGCACAGUGUCACCAUUUCCGUGCCCACGCUUGCGGAAGCGCUGAAGUGGAGCAACUACUACGCCCCCGAACAUCUGAUUCUCCAAAUCGCGGACCCGAAAUCUUGCUUACCGGACAUCCACAACGCCGGAUCGGUGUUCUUGGGCAAGUGGACCCCCGAAAGUGUAGGCGACUACAGCGCGGGCGUGAAUCACAGUCUGCCGACGUAUGGAUAUGCACGGCAGUACAGUGGGGUGAAUCUGGCGAGUUUUAUGAAGCACAUCACAAGUAGUGAAGUCAGCGAGGAGGGGGUCAACAGUGUGGGCAAAGCCGUUGUGGAGUUGGCGCGGGUGGAGGGCUUGGAGGCGCAUAAGCGGGCGAUGGAGGUACGAAUGGAGGUGCUGGGGUUGAAGGAGAGGACGUUUUUGAGUGAGGAGAAAGCGGUGACAGCGUUGAAAGAUAUCAGAGGGGACGCGGUGGAUGGUGACUCCGAGAAGGUAAAUGGGACGGUUUAG